UAUGUUUCUUGGUCAACCCUUUAUUUGCUUUGCACUGUCAAUGGUCUGUUCUACAUCUCUUUUCUUUUCAUAAAUGUUUUUUUGACUUUGAUUUCAACCAAGUGGGUCAUUGUCUUUCAAGAAAAAUAUGGAGGUGUUUCAAGUAGCUAGUGAAGGAGUUGGUAUGCAACUUGCGUUUAUUUGGAGGAAAAUAAGAGAACCUUUGAUCGUGCCAAUGCUGAGAGCUGCAGUGUUUAUCUGCCUAAGCAUGUCAUUGAUGAUAUUGGUUGAGAUAGUUUACAUGGGAAUUGUGAUUUGUUUAGUGAAGUUGUUUAAAAGAACACCUGAGAAACGUUAUAAAUGGGAGACUAUUAAGGAUGAUGUUGAGUUGGAAAACUCUAAUUACCCUAUUGUUCUUGUUCAAAUCCCAAUGUACAAUGAAAGAGAGGUUUAUCAGCUAUCAAUUGGUGCUGCAUGUGAACUCUCUUGGCCUUCUGAUAGAAUCAUCAUACAAAUUCUUGAUGAUUCAACUGACCCAACAAUCAAGGAGUUGGUACAGGAAGAAUGCCGUAGAUGGCGAAACAAAGGUGUGAACAUAAAGUAUGAAGUUAGGGACAACAGAAAUGGGUACAAAGCUGGUGCUCUAAAGGAGGGAAUGAAACAUAGUCAUGUCCUACAAUGUGAAUAUGUUGCCAUCUUUGAUGCUGAUUUUCAACCUGAACCUGAUUUCCUCUGCCAAACCAUUCCUUUCCUUGUCAAUAAUCCUGAAAUUGGUCUCGUUCAGGCUCGCUGGAAGUUUGUAAAUGCGAAUGAAUGUUUGAUGACGAGGAUGCAAAAGAUGUCACUUGAUUAUCAUUUUACGGUUGAACAAGAAGUGGGGUCUUCUACUUAUGCCUUCUUUGGCUUCAAUGGGACUGCGGGUGUGUGGAGAAUUUCGGCGUUGAAUGAAGCUGGUGGGUGGAAAGAUAGGACCACAGUUGAAGAUAUGGAUCUAUCAGUACGUGCAAGUCUCGAAGGAUGGAAAUUCUUAUACCUCUCCAAUAUACAGGUUAAAAAUGAAUUGCCCAGUACUUUAAAUGCCUAUAGAUACCAACAACAUCGAUGGUCAUGUGGACCGGCCAAUCUUUUCAGGAAAAUGAUUAUGGAGAUUCUCACAAACAAGAAAGUGUCUUUGUGGAAGAAAACAUAUAUGGUUUACAGUUUUUUCUUUGUCCGGAAGAUUGUGGUUCACAUAAACACAUUUGUGUUAUAUUGCAUUGUGUUACCUGCAACUGUUAUGGUGCCUGAGAUUGUGGUCCCUAAAUGGGGAACUGUUUAUAUCCCUACCAUCAUCACCCUCCUAAACGCGGUUGCAGCACCAAGGUCAUUGCAUUUAGUUGUAUUUUGGAUUCUCUUUGAGAAUACCAUGUCUUUAAAUCGAGCAAAGGCAACAAUUAUUGGUAUACUAGAGACUAGUAGAGUGAAUGAAUGGAUUGUCACAGAAAAACUUGGAAAUGCUCUUAAGGACCAAGAUAGUAAAGGACUUGAAAAGCUUCAAUUUAAGAUUGGAAACAGGAUUCACAUGUCAGAACUUUUUGUUGGAUUCUACCUCCUAUUUUGUGGCUGCUAUGAUCUUAUGUAUGGGAAAAAUUACUACUACAUAUUCCUAUAUAUGCAAGCAAUUGCUUUCUUCCUCCUGGCCUUUGGAUAUGUUGGAACUUUUGUUCCCAACUCCUAGCAGAACUUGGCAUUCACAAUACUUCAUUCAUCAAUUACUUUUUUAUAACAAAUAUAUGUAUAUAUAUUUGUUAUAUAAUAUUCAUUAUUCAAAGCAUGAUUUUUUACAUUAGAAAUUGAAUUUUCUUGGUGUAAAAGAAUAUAUGAACGGUUAUUCUUUAAGGUUCUCCAAACAUACAUAAAGAAAUUAAAGUUUCUUUGCUCGUUUUUGUUUUUCGGUUUUCGUAGUGUGCUCUUCUGUUUUGAAAAGCUAUUGUUUAUCUAUUGUUGCAUGGACUUUGAUAUAGUCCUUGCAACUAUCAAACUACUAUUUUAUCGAACUUACACGCAUUCGUGUAUUAUGAUUCUAAGUUGGGGUUUGAAAAUUUUGUGUAGCUA